AUGUUUUACAGUAACGAGAUCCUGGGCAAUAGCCAAUAUGGAGUUGCCACCGUCUGGCUCGCCGCAACGGUGGGAAAAGGAACGGCAGGAAGGGGCAGCAUGAGGCCUUUGUGUAGAAAGGCUGUUGAUGAGGUCAACAUACCCAAAGCAUGCGAGACCAUCAUCGACCCGGGCGCUCCCCUGGCCCUCCGUCUGCAGAGCAAUUUGCUCUAUGGUAUAACCCGUGUCUUCGCCCAAAAGUGUCAUUAUAUUCUCGCGGACGCCUCCAAGAUGCAGUCAGAGAUGAUGAAUUUCUUUCGCCGCAUCAAAACCAGCGAGACGGAACCGAACGCUGGAAGGACAAAGCCUCAUCUCAUCACUCUACAGGAUGACCCUGCCUUUGACCUCACCAUGGCCAUUCCGAACAUGGAUGCCCUUUGUUCUGAACUCGAACCCGCCGGUCAUCGAUUCCAGUGUUCAACAAACGGAGCCUCGCAAAUGACACCUGGAGGAUGCAGCCAAAUGUCCCUUUCAUCUAGCAGCAAGCCUCACCACCUCAUUGAACUCCCAUCCUCAUCCUUGCACCCACCAUUUCGCCUGCCAUCUGACACGCGCAGCUCGCCGCUUGCACGAAUGCACAAGAUGGAUGUAGAUGACAUGGGAGGACUCCUCCUGUUUGACGAUGACGAAAUGGAUCCCAUUAACGGCGUUGGCCUCAACUUUGACGCCGAUGGCAACCUGACGGGAAUUGACGGCGAGUUGGAAUUGCCAGCCAUUCCUGACAUGGACGGCGAAGCGCAGCCAACAGGCGACAACACGGCGGUGGCCAGUGCAGGCCAGGAGAAACCACCCACCGAAGUUGGAGAUGAUCUGGUACUUUUCAUGGAUGAGGAGGCCCUUCCUGACGCAGAAGCGUUCCCCGUGCGUCGGGCCGCCGAACAGUCCAUCAACGAGGCAACCGACAAAGCACCGGCGAAGAAGAAGUCCCUGCGCCCCUGUCGUCGCAAGGUCAACACCCUGAUUGACACGGUUACCCAGAUAUCUCGGAGUGACUAUCGCAACUUAUCGGAUACAUAUGUCGACAGAAUGAAAUCGGCAGCGGCUCGCAAGCGCACCAAGGCUUUGAUGGCCACCACCCAAGUGCGGGCCAAGAAGCAUGCUUUGGCAUUCCUUUUCGGCAAUAGAAUUGCCCGUGUUGGGGACGCCCGAAACCUUUCCGGACAUGCCCACCCCUUGGCCGAAGAGUAUGCCGGUGUUGGCCUCCAGGUGCGACUUCAGGGGCUCAAGACUGACGGCCUUGGACUGGAUGAGACCGAGGUCGAGGAGGUUGGCAGAAGGCGAAAAGCAAGCAAAGUAAUCGACAAGGAGUGCAACGGCUCGCAGCGCAAUGUCAGACCUCGAAUCGAUCAAGACGCCGAGUUGGGCCGUGGCAGUAACGUUGACGAAGGUGGACUCGUCCUCGGCGAUGAAUCUGCUGAAUUGGGCCUUGACGCCGUCGCUCCCAUGGAAGACCGCCACUCGUCGACCAUGAAACCCUGGAGCUCGGUUGCCCAGCGCCAUGAAGACCAGGAGAACACCAGGAAGACUAUAUCGCCGAGCCCACUCCACGACCGAGGCAAGGCCGUCGGCUCGAUCGAGCGACGAAGCGAUGCUAGAAAGAUCGCCGAAGCAAGCGAGAUUGACACACCAUAUGAUUUCGACGGAGGGAUUCGGGCCAUCGAUUUCCACCGCGGCAUCCGGCCCAGUGAUGAAUUGGCCAAGACCGAGGGCAUCAAGCGUCUGGACAAUCGCACCUGGAUCGAGUUCUACAGGAUAGCGGACCCGGAGACACACUCAAAGUCCGUUGCUGCCCAGGCCUUUGUCCAGGUCCUCUCUCUCGCCUCCAAGGGCGCCAUCUCCGUGGAGCAAGAUGGGAUCGACAAGAAGCAGCCCUUUGGCAUCAUCCGCCUCGGUGUCUAG